GCACAAUCUGCCAUUUCAGCCAUGUCGGACUUUGAAGACGACUUUAUGGUCGAGGAUGAAGACGAAGACUUUGGGUUCGAGUACGAGGAUGAUGAUAAUGAAGAGCCUGACAUUGAUCUAGAGAACAAGUACUAUAAUGCCAAGGGCCACAAGGAAGACUCUCCUCAAGUAGCUCUCAAAGAAUUUCGUUCUGUAAUUGUUGCCGAGGAGGAAAAGGGUGAUUGGGGAUUCAAAUCACUCAAACAGAUCAUCAAACUAAGCUUCAAAUUGAAUGAUUAUGCAUCGGUUUUGAGCCAUUAUACUGAGCUUCUAACAUAUACCAGAUCUGCAGUGACUCGAAACUAUAGCGAAAAAAGCAUCAACAACAUUCUUGACUUUGUGUCUGGAUCCUCAGAUAUGUCGUUUUUAGAAAGCUUUUAUUUUAUCACGCUCAAGGAUCUAGAAGAUUCAAAAAAUGAUCGGCUUUGGGUCAAGACAAAUUUGAAACUGGCCAAACUAUGGCUUGAUCGUCAAGAAUACACUCGACUGACCAAGAUUAUUCGUCAACUGCAUCUUUCAUGUCAAAAUGAUAAUGGUACGGAUGAUCAACGCAAGGGAACUUUGUUGCUAGAAAUUUUUGCACUCGAGAUUCAGAUGUAUACAGAAACAAAAAACAACAAAAAGCUCAAGUAUGUAUAUCAACAAUGUCUUCAUGUCAAAUCAGCUAUUCCACAUCCUCGUAUUAUGGGCAUCAUUCGCGAAUGUGGUGGUAAAAUGCAUAUGGGCGAAGCUGAAUGGGAAAAAGCGCAAACCGACUUUUUUGAAGCAUUUAAAAGCUAUGAUGAAGCUGGAAGUGUUCAGCGAAUACAAUGCCUCAAAUACCUUGUGCUCGCAAACAUGCUUGCAGAGUCUCAGAUCAAUCCCUUUGAUUCGCAAGAAACCAGUCCUUACAAAAAUGACGGUCAAAUUGUUGCCAUGACAAAUCUGGUCAAUGCAUACCAACGCAAGGAAAUUAAUGAAUUUGAACGCAUCUUACGGACCAACCGUGCAACUAUUAUGGAUGAUCCAUUUAUUCGUACUCAUAUCGAUGGCGUACUCAAGAGCAUCCGUAUGCAAGUUCUUGUAAAAUUGAUCAAGCCUUACACAAGAAUCGAUAUUUCAUUCAUUUCCAAAAAACUCAACGUGCCUGAUACAGAAGUAGAGGAGCUUUUAGUGAAUUUGAUUCUGGACAAUAAGAUUGCAGGAAAAAUUGAUCAGAUUAACCAGUGUAUUGAGCUUGAGCAAGAAUCGUCAAAUUUCCAGUACGAUGCAAUGCUGGGAUGGACCAACAACAUACAGACUCUUUACAAAAACGUUUUUGCUCGAAUCACUCAAUAAAUGCGCUUUUCGGUUCAUCAUA